UAGAUUUUGAAGUCUAUUUUUAUAAUUGAGUGGUCUCAGUUCGAGAGGAGAGAGUAAUCAUCCAAAAAUCGAUCUGGAACGAGCAGUGGUCUGUGAACUCGAGCUGUGAGAGUGCUGAGACUGUUUGAUUGAUAUCUCGAGUUUUACCAAUCCAAUUAAGGCGUGUGAGAUACCAAAAGAAAGCUCUCAAGACGAGGAAUCCGUGAAGGUCUGGUUUGCAUCAAUCGGAGAAGAGGAAGGCUUCCAAAUCGUCCGAGCAGAACGCGACCUCGCAGGGACGGAUUUACUCUUCUAAGAAUCGAGUUAGCCGGAAAACACCCGUUCUAGGGGCUGUUUUCGUAUCAACGAUUAGGCUGUUUAGCACCCAUUUCUAAGCAAGGAAUCAGUUCUCAAGCUUCCUUGGCCAAGGCUUUAGCCAUUGGAUCGAGAAGGAAGGUUUUAAAGCUCAUUUGAGGUUGAGGCUAGAGCUUGCUUCCUGUGCUCGUUGCUCGAGAGAUCAUCUAGGAGCGAAGACUUGGUUCGUGCUUCCUCCAUUCGGAUUUUAAACAUUAAUAAACAUGCUCAUGGAUAUUUUACUAUAGAGCCUGCGUGCUCAUGAAUAGCCCGGUGUGGCCUUUUUGUUUUAAACAAUGUUUUCCGCUGCGUUAUGAAUUACUUAUUAUGUUUGUUUAUGGAUGUUAUAUGUGUGAAUGAUAUUCAUGACGCCUUGUAUAAUAUGAAUGUGUUGGACUGCGGUUGACUAUUCGUAUUGUACGGCGGGUUGUUGACGUGUCCGGGUAGGUCCGGGGCGUGACAAUUAAGUUGGUAUCAGAGCCUUAGUCCAUAAACUUCAUAAUGAAGUCUCAAAAUUCUCUUUUUGAAAAUAUUUUGAAAACCAUGAGCAUAGAAGUUUUGUACUUGGAGAGCUUUUGGUACUUGGGUUGCAAGGUCUCUAAUUGUUAAGAUGGUACCCUUAGCAAUUGGUAUGGCGGUGACUCGAGCCAAAAUGUGUCUUAAGUACCUAUCCGUCAAUUGACAUUUGAUACGAGUCUAACGACUCCUUCCAAAUUUCUUUCAGAAAUGGACCGUGGUGGCAGGAUUACUAGGAGAAACCCGACGGGCCGUGUACCAGUGGAGACUGGAAAGGGCAGUCGAAGGACCUCUAGGGCAUCUAGAGGAGUUGGCCGUGGAGGCCGAUCACAGACCGUGAGUGACGGUCAUGUUGACACAGAAAGUGAAACCUACUGGUCCUAUGAGGACUCGACUUACCAAUCGGAGACCGAGCCGGUUGAGACCCCUUACGAAGGGGAUGACGAUGAUAUAAGUGAUGAAGAAGGGGAGAAUGACUCCCUAGCCAGAAUUGAGGCGCUGCUCCAGCAAUACCAGCGGGAGCGCGAGGGAAGGAGGGAACGCCGAAGGCGCCGAGGAGGGCGAACUUCGGGUGGGGCUUCAAGAGGAAGAAGCCAUGGCGACUCUAGGGCCCACAUUGAACCACAUGGGGGCCGGGGUGAUGGAGGUCCGAUCAUAAGGAUCUCCAAAUACCUCAAGGAGGCACGAGACUUGGGGUGCAAACCCUUCAACGGAGCGGGUGACAUCUCGGUCGCCGCGGAAUGGAUCAAGAGGCUGAACGAAGCAGCCCUUGAUAUGCAACUCACCCCCGAGUUUAAGCUAAGGGUGGCGGUGAGGUUGCUCGAAGGGAUGGCAUCCACAUGGUGGGACGGAGCCAAGGGAAAGUAUGGCAACACGGUGACUUGGGAGAAUUUCCGACAGGAGUUCUUUGCCCAAUAUUAUUCUGAUUUUGAGGUGAACGCCAAGAGGAGAGAGUAUACCCUCCUGACCCAAGGGGGCAAAAUGACGGUGAGGCAACUUGAACACAAAUUCAGGGAGCUCGCGGAGUUCAUACCGGAGUAUAUGUGUGACGAGAACCGGAUGGUAAAUCACUUCUGGGAUGCCUUAGACCUGGAGGUGCGUGAGAGGGCAACACAGUUGCCUAACAUGACUUUUAGCCAAGUGGUCGAGCAAGGGUUAAAAGGAGAGAAAGAAUGGGAGGAAAGAAAGUUGAAGAACGCCGAAGAGGCAAAGAAGAGGAAGUGGGAGAACCAUGGACAUCAAGGUCCUAGCAAAAAGGGGAACCAUGGGGGAGGGGGAUCUUUUCGGACACCCCCACUGCCACCUAGGGGAAGUCAUGGACCGGGCGGGCAAUCACAAGCCUCAGGGGUGACUCGUUGCAAGAAUUGCAAGAGGAACCACCCGGGGAAAUGUCGUGACCCUCCUAGAUGCUACCAAUGCGGGAGCACGGGUCACAUGAAGAUGAGCUGCCCACAACUGGGCGGGACGAGGGCAUCAGGGCCAAGUAGUGGUAAUACCGGGACACGGAAUCAAGCCGGGACUUCACAAGCGUCCAGGGGGCAAGGGGGAGCAAGCGCAAGCAACGCGCCGUCCGUGAAUCAAGGAAGGACUCAAGCUAGGGUCUACGCGAUGACGGAGGCGGAUGCUCAAGCUAACCCGGAUUCCGUUGCAGGUAUUGCCUCUCGUACACUAGUGUUUUAUCCUUAAUUAGUCCAUAAAUUGAAGUUAUAAAUCCUAGAAUCCAGGUGGGAGCAGACGUAAGAUUGAAAUGGGAAAGGAGAGCAAAACCAUGCUACUACCCGACCGGGUAGGGCAAUAAACCCUACCGGGUGGGACGAGUUUUUGCCCUCGUAAACCUUCUGGAUCGCAUACCCGAUCGGGUUUGGUAAUGAACCCGACCGGGUAGGCCAAGUUUUUUCACUCAUAAGUCCACUGGAACACAUACCCGACCGGGUAUGGUGGUAUACCCGACCGGGUUUGUCAAAAAUUUCUGCCCGACACCUUCUGGAACACAUACCCGACCGGGUAUGGUGGUAUACCCGACCGGGUUUGUCAAAAAUUUCUUCCCGACACUUUCUGGAACACAUACCCGACCGGGUAUGGUGGUAAACCCGACCGGGUUUGUCAAAAAAAAAUUCUGCCCGAACCCACUGGAACUUAUACCCGAUCGGGUAUAGUAUGUUACCCGACCGGGUACACCUCGAAGUGUUCGUCAAAUGAAAAAGUUGUCUUCAUGAAAGUUGUAGAUAUUUUCAUUGUCUAAAUGAUGGAAUUUGAAUCGAACGAUUUGGUUAAGUAUGUGAUGAGAUAUGAUCAAAACGGUGAGACAGUGUCAAUUUAUAUCUCAACUGCGAACGUCAACCAUAAUUGGGGGAUUUUGCCCACUUUAAGGACAUGAUUUCGCAUUAUGUUCUUCGUAGGAUUGGUCGGUAUGUUAGAGAGGUAUCUUACAUGGCUUAUAAAUGUAGGAACACUAAAGAUUAAUGGGAGAUGUGCGAGAAUCCUCAUCGAUACCGGGGCGCAACGAUCAUUUGUGAGUGAGGCAUUCGCCGGGGGAUUCAACGCACCCCUAGUACCGAUGGCUCAAGCCCUAUUGGUAUCCACACCCCUAGGGGAAGACAUCGAGAGAGAUAGCCACUAUCCAUCGUGUGAGGUGGAAGUGGAGGGCCAAAACUUGUCGUGUGAUUUCGUGCCGCUGAGUAUGAUUGAGUUCGAUGCAAUCCUGGGGAUGGAUUGGCUUGAGAAGCAUCAGGGUCGAUUGUUACACGAAAGUACUUGAACUCGAAGGCAAUGAAGGGGUAACCUUACGCUUCGAGGGGGAUAGGGCAAAAUCCAAUAGUUGUAUCAUAUCCGCUGUGAGGGCUAAGAAUAUGAUGAGGAAGGGAUGUCACGCAUAUCUAGCGUAUGUGGUGGACAAAACCAAAGAAGAGACGAGCAUUGAUGAUGUUAGGGUAGUAUGCAAGUAUCGGGACGUCUUUCCUAAAGACUUACCGGGACUUCCGCCCGAUAGGGAGAUUGAGUUCGUGAUCGAGGUCGAGCCCGGCACCAAACCAAUCUCCAUACCGCCAUACCGUAUGGCACCCGCUGAACUUAACGAGUUGAAAACCCAAUUGCAAGAGCUUUUGGAUAAUGGUUUCAUUAGGCCAAGCCACUCCCCGUGGGGAGCACCAGUUCUUUUUGUGAAAAAGAAAGAUGGGACACUUCGAAUGUGUAUUGACUAUCGUCAACUGAACAAGGUCACAAUCAAGAAUAGGUAUCCUUUGCCUAGAAUUGAUGACUUGUUUGAUCAACUACGAGGGGCAACCGUGUUUUCAAAGAUUGAUUUGAGGUCGGGUUACCAUCAAUUGAAGAUUAAGGAAGACGACAUACCAAAAAGUGCUUUCCGCACAAGGUAUGGGCAUUUUGAGUUCCUUGUUAUGUCGUUUGGGUUAACAAACGCCCCGGCGGCAUUCAUGGACUUGAUGAACCGAGUAUUCCAUAAAUACUUGGAUCGAUUCGUGAUUGUGUUCAUAGAUGACAUUUUGAUUUACUCAAAGAGUGAGGAAGAGCAUGAAGAACACUUGAUACUCGUUCUUGAGACACUACGGGAGAAGCAACUUUAUGCCAAAUUCUCUAAAUGUGAAUUUUGGCUAAAGGAAAUUGGCUUCCUCGGGCACGUGGUUUCAGGCUCGGGAAUUGCUGUUGAUAAUAAGAAGAUAGAAGCCAUUACCGAAUGGGAGAGACCAAAGAACGUCAAGGAAAUUCGUAGUUUCCUUGGACUGGCAGGCUACUAUAGAAAGUUCGUGGAGAAGUUCUCUGUUUUGGCAUCACCAUUGACGAAGCUCACUCGUAAAGGAGCUAAGUUUGUAUGGGAUGACAAAUGUGAGGAGGGGUUCAUGGAACUAAAGAAGCGAUUGACCGAGGCACCGGUACUUGCAUUACCCAAACAGGGUGUGGGGUACGAUGUCUAUAGCGAUGCGAGCAUCCAAGGGCUUGGAUGCGUGCUGAUGCAGAAUGGGAAGGUAAUCGCCUAUGCUUCACGACAGUUGAAGAAGCAUGAGGUGAAUUAUCCUACUCACGACUUGGAGCUGGGGGCUGUGGUGUUUGCACUGAAGAUAUGGAGACAUUAUCUCUACGGGGAGACAUGUCACAUAUACACUGAUCACAAGAGCUUGAAAUACGUGUUUACUCAAAAAGAGCUAAACAUGAGACAGAGACGGUGGAUGGAGUUGAUAAAAGACUACCAUCUAGUGAUAGAGUAUCACCCAGGCAAGGCAAACGUGGUGGCAGAUGCUUUGAGCCGGAAGAGCUCGUCUGGGGCAUUGCUAGCUAAUUUGAGGGCAUUAAGAGCCCAACUGGAGGUAUCCAGCGAUGGUGCCUUAUUGGCACGAUUUGAGGUGAGACCUACUUUACUUGAUGAGAUCAAGAAGGGUCAAGAGGAUGACGCAGAACUUAUGAAGGUCCGGGAACGCAUGCAAGCGGGACCGGUGGAGGAUUUCAGGGCAAGAGAUGAUGGUCUCUUGUUAUUUCGUGACCGAGUGUGUGUGCCGGCAGAUGAUGAGCUCCGAAAGUCCAUCUUAGAGGAAGCUCAUUCAUCGGCUUAUGCCAUGCACCCGGGGGGCACGAAGAUGUACCGCGACUUGAAGGAGAGUUACUGGUGGUCGGGUAUGAAGAGAGAAAUAGCCGAAUAUAUCAGUCGAUGCCUUACUUGUCAACAAGUUAAGGCAGAACAUCAGCAUCCAGCAGGCUUAUUGCAACCACUAUCCAUUCCUGAAUGGAAGUGGGAACACGUGACUAUGGAUUUUGUGGUAGGUUUACCACGAACAAUCAGGAACUAUGAUGCAGUUUGGGUUGUGGUAGAUAGGCUCACGAAGAGUGCACACUUCUUGCCUAUCAACACUACUUACCCACUUGAGAGGUUAGCCAAAUUGUAUACGGAUGAGAUCGUGAGGCUGCACGGGGUCCCAGUGACCAUUGUAUCUGAUAGAGACCCACGGUUCACAUCACGUUUUUGGCCAAAAUUUCAGGAGUCUAUGGGAACGAAGUUGAAGUUCAGUACUGCUUUCCACCCACAGACGGAUGGGCAGUCUGAAUGUAACACCCCGCCCCGUAGGGCCCGAGGUAGUUACUCCGGACCAAUAGUACUGUCCCCACAAACCACCACGAGCCUUUACCGCGCACUUUGUCCUCACUCAUGCGCGCCCUGAGAAACUUCCCAGGGGGUCACCCAUCCCAAGACUACUCCCGUGCAAGCACGCUUAACUUUGGAGUUCUUGGGUGAUGAGCUCCCUUAAAAGGAGAUGCACCUCUGUUGGUAUGAGUAGUACUAUUAAUCCAUUUAUACUAAAUCUCAAGUGUUACAAUCACCCCCACUUAGGAUCGCAGCGUCCUCGUUGCGCCCUUGAACCAAUCUCAAAUCUCAAUCAAAUCCCAGAAUCCUCCCCCGCUAAGUGCCCGCCCGAUAUCUAACGGGUCAGCACAUUGUCGCAGGGUUUCUCUGAUACCACCUGUAACACCCCGCCCCGUAGGGCCCGAGGUAGUUACUCCGGACCAAUAGUACUGUCCCCACAAACCACCACGAGCCUUUACCGCGCACUUUGUCCUCACUCAUGCGCGCCCUGAGAAACUUCCCAGGGGGUCACCCAUCCCAAGACUACUCCCGUGCAAGCACGCUUAACUUUGGAGUUCUUGGGUGAUGAGCUCCCUUAAAAGGAGAUGCACCUCUGUUGGUAUGAGUAGUACUAUUAAUCCAUUUAUACUAAAUCUCAAGUGUUACACUGAAAGAGUCAUACAGAUCCUAGAAGACAUGCUGAGGGCUUGUGCAUUGGAGUUCCAAGGAAGUUGGGACAACCACUUAGCACUUGUGGAGUUUGCCUAUAACAACAGUUAUCAGGCAAGCAUCGGCAUGCCUCCAUACGAGGCAUUGUAUGGGAGGAGAUGUCGUACACCGUUAUGCUGGGACGAGGUUGGCAUGGCCAAACUCGAGGGUACUGAGUUGGUCGAGGUCACCAAAUCAAAGGUGAAGUUGAUUCGAGAGAGACUCAAAGCGGCUCAGGAUAGGCAAAAGAGUUAUGCAGAUAAACGUCGACGAACCUUAGAGUUUAAGGUUGAUGACGAGGUAUUCUUGAAAGUUUCUCCUUGGAAAGGAAUCAUUCGAUUUCAAACCCGAGGAAAACUUAACCCACGAUAUAUAGGUCCAUUCAGAAUUAUAGAGAGGAUUGGGGCCGUAGCAUAUCGUCUACAGUUGACUCCUGAGUUAGAGAAGAUACACAAUGUGUUUCAUGUAUCCAUGCUCAAGAAGUAUGUGCAUGAUCCCUCUCACGUAUUAGAAAAGCCGCCUGUAGAGGUACGUGAGGAUUUGAACUACGCCGUGCAACCAAUCAAGGUCACCGAUAGGAAGGUGAAGAAAUUGAGAAGCAAAGAAGUCCCAAUGGUUAAAGUACUUUGGAAGAGCGAUCGGGUCGAAGAAGAGACAUGGGAAACAGAGGCUUUGAUGAGGAAGCAGUAUGCUUUCCUAUUCGGUUAGAACUGUGAAUUUCGGGGACGAAAUUCCUGUUAAGGGGGGGUGAACUUGUGACACCGCACCCGAACGUCCUUGAAAAUUCCAUUCUUAAAUUCAAAGUGAUGUAUUGAAUUCCCGAUUUCAAAACAAUGGAAAAACGAUUAAUAUUUUACGUAGUACACGAUUGAAUAUUGUAUUGUUCAAACCCGUAUUCUUUUAUAAUUUUCAUCAUGUAAAUUAUUGAGAAGAUCCUACACAUAUUGGAGAUCAAUAAUGUGAUGUAAGAAGUUGACUUGUUCUAAAUAAAUUAGGAUGAGUACAAAAAGACAUCUUUUGACAAAGAUAAACAAUAGGAUCCAUCUUUCCAUUUUUGGGAGUAUUGGUAGAUAUUUUGGACCCCAAAAUAAUUGGGAUCAAUGGGGAACCACCCCACAUGAUAUUAGUACCUGCAAGACAAAUAAAAAUGAGUGAGAAGACUUACCUUGGCCGACCACCAUGGAGAGGAGCUGCACAAGACUUGAUAGGAAUCAAAUGUUGGGCCACCAUCUCUAUUUUUCGCACAAAAUGGUGUGCUGUUUGUCUCCACUCAUUAUGGGAGUUAUACUCGACCAAACAACGUGUAUAAGGUGUCCUUGGAUAGAUUUUGAAGUCUAUUUUUAUAAUUGAGUGGUCUCAGUUCGAGAGGAGAGAGUAAUCAUCCAAAAAUCGAUCUGGAACGAGCAGUGGUCUGUGAACUCGAGCUGUGAGAGUGCUGAGACUGUUUGAUUGAUAUCUCGAGUUUUACCAAUCCAAUUAAGGCGUGUGAGAUACCAAAAGAAAGCUCUCAAGACGAGGAAUCCGUGAAGGUCUGGUUUGCAUCAAUCGGAGAAGAGGAAGGCUUCCAAAUCGUCCGAGCAGAACGCGACCUCGCAGGGACGGAUUUACUCUUCUAAGAAUCGAGUUAGCCGGAAAACACCCGUUCUAGGGGCUGUUUUCGUAUCAACGAUUAGGCUGUUUAGCACCCAUUUCUAAGCAAGGAAUCAGUUCUCAAGCUUCCUUGGCCAAGGCUUUAGCCAUUGGAUCGAGAAGGAAGGUUUUAAAGCUCAUUUGAGGUUGAGGCUAGAGCUUGCUUCCUGUGCUCGUUGCUCGAGAGAUCAUCUAGGAGCGAAGACUUGGUUCGUGCUUCCUCCAUUCGGAUUUUAAACAUUAAUAAACAUGCUCAUGGAUAUUUUACUAUAGAGCCUGCGUGCUCAUGAAUAGCCCGGUGUGGCCUUUUUGUUUUAAACAAUGUUUUCCGCUGCGUUAUGAAUUACUUAUUAUGUUUGUUUAUGGAUGUUAUAUGUGUGAAUGAUAUUCAUGACGCCUUGUAUAAUAUGAAUGUGUUGGACUGCGGUUGAC